AAUUUGUCAAAAUUCGAUUGGAUGUUGUCUCGGAUGGCUGCUGCACUUGGGUGAAUUUGUUUGUAAAGUUAUACACUAUAUAUAUAAAGUUUUCUUAACGUUAUUUUUAAAAAUGUACAACGUAACAACUACAAGUAACUUAAAACUCACAUUUUUCACAUGUCUGAUGAUAGUCUACGUUUUCUACAAUCCUACGGAUAGUGGAGCAGUGCAGUUGUCGCAAAACAACCUGGAUAUGACCUUAGCUUCCAAUGAACUAGUUUUUAUUAAUUUUUAUGCCGAAUGGUGUCGAUUUAGUAACAAUUUAAUGCCAGUUUUUGAUGAAGCGGCUGAUAAGAUUGCUCAGGAAUUCCCUGAUGCUGGGAAAGUGGUGAUGGGGAAAGUAGAUUGCGAUAAGGAGAAUUCUGUAGCCACUAGGUUCCACAUAACCAAAUAUCCAACUCUUAAAGUGAUUCGUAAUGGUCAACCCGCGAAGAGAGAAUACCGAGGAGAACGCUCGAUCGAAGCCUUUGUCAAAUUCGUGAGAAAACAACUAGAAGACCCCGUUAAAGAAUUCCAUGAACUGAAAGAACUAACUGAGUUAGAAUCAGACAAAAGAGUCGUCAUUGGUUAUUUUGAUAGACGCGACCAACCUGAAUACAGCAUAUUCAGGCGAGUGGCGACGAAUGUCAAGGAUGAUUGUCAAUUUUUUGUCGGAUUUGGAGAAGCCGCUCGUACUAUGCACCCAGCGGGUCAACCCAUCAUCGUUUUCCGACCGGAUAGAGAACGUUCUAACGAUUUAGACGAGACUUACACAGGCAGUUUGACUAAUUUUGAUGAGUUGCACAUUUGGGUGUCUGAAAAAUGUGUACCUUUAGUGCGUGAAAUUACUUUUGAAAACGCUGAAGAACUAACUGAAGAGGGAUUGCCAUUUUUGAUUCUUUUCCAUGCUCCAGAUGAUAAAGAAAGUAUUAAAAGAUACACGGAAAUCGUUCGAACGGACUUACUUUCUGAAAAACAGAGUAUCAACUUCUUGACUGCUGAUGGUAAAAAAUUCGCACAUCCGUUGCACCAUCUGGGAAAAUCGGAGAAAGACUUACCACUCAUUGCCAUUGAUAGUUUUAGACAUAUGUACUUGUUCCCGAGUUAUAAGGAUAUGGAAAUUCCUGGGAAACUGAAACAGUUUGUGCAAGAUCUUUAUUCAGGGAAGUUACACAGGGAGUUCCAUUAUGGGCCUGAUACUGAUGAAGUUAGCUCUUCUCAAAAAGCACCAACACUUCCACCAGAAAGUACUUUCAAAAAGUUAGCACCAUCCAAAAAUAGAUAUACUCUACUUAAAGAUGAAUUAUAAGUUGUUAUUUUUUUGUAAAUAAAUUAUUUUAAAUUA